AUGACAUUCGUUCGUACACACAUCGGAGGUGAUUACAGCUGCACUCUGGGACACGCUGAACAGUUGAACAGCAUAACUCACUGGCUGGAUGGAUCAAUGGUUUAUGGAAGCUCUUUAUCCGAGUUAAAUAAUUUGAGAGUUGGAGAGGAGGGUCUGCUAAAAUACUCGACCACUGAUGGCAAGGAAUUGUUACCUCUCAGGCCCGGCUGCUCUACUUGCUAUUUCGCCGGUGACGCCAGAGCCCUUGAGAAUCCGCAGUUGACCAUCAUACACACGUUGAUGAUGCGCGAACACAAUAGAAUCGCCAGAGCUCUGAAAAAACUCAAUCCUCUGUGGGAUGAAGAGACACUCUUUCAAGAGACUCGACGCAUUGUCGUUGCGGAACUACAACACAUUACGUACAACGAAUAUUUACCCGCCAUGCUAGGUAUAUUAUUACAAAAAUUGAUUACAAAUUUCUCCAGAAGCCGCGUAUUGUUAUCUUUGCACUCUAAACUCAUAGGCGAACAGGCAAUGGAGGACUUCAAAUUGAAACCGUCGACGGUGGGAGUUCAAUACAACGAAGAAACUGCUGUCAAUCCUUCGAUAUUGAACGAAUUCGCAGCCGCUGCCUUCCGCAUCGGUCAUUCUCAAGUUCAAGGAUCUCUAGUUCUUUAUGACGAAAACAAUCAAGAGGUCACCGAUCAAAGUUUCACGCUGAGCAACUCCUUCUUCAACUCUUCCAUGGUUCCACAACCGGGAUUCAUUGACAAUGCCAUACGUGGUCUAACUAAACAAGUUCCGUCCAGCGUAGACGUUGAAUACACUUCGCAAUUAACUAAUCUUCUAUUCAAGGGGUCGAAUGGUUUUGGAAUGGAUCUGGUGUCGCUCAACGUGCAACGAGGUAGAGAACACGGAAUUCCGGACUACAAUACCGUUCGAGCCUUUUGCGGUCUUCCGAAAGCAGCUUCAUUCGAAGAUCUCUCAACCGAAAUCGAGCAACAGACGAUUGAUAACCUGAAAUCAGUUUACGAUUCGGUUGACGAUAUCGACUUGUACAUGGGCUGCCUUUCCGAGUCCUCAAAACCUGUAGCCGGAUCUGUGCUAGGACCCACGGCACUCUGUAUUAUAGCUAACCAAUUCGCCAUCAUUAAGAACAACGAUCGCUAUUUCUACGAUGUCACAAAUCAAAUCAGUUCGUUUUCAACAGCGCAAUAUGACGAGAUUCGAAAAUCAGCGAGUAUGGCUCGAAUCAUGUGCGACAACAACAACGGAGAUAUAAACACUAUCCAGCCAAAUGUUUUCCGUGCCCCGAUAAGUGACAACGGUAAACAACUGUGUAGCAUCAUCCCAUCGCUAAACCUGGACAUGUGGAAGGAUCCUAAAGCUACAGCCCCCAGCAAAGCCACCGUCGUUACGCCGUCAAUUAUUCUAAUCGCACUGUUCAGCGCCAAGUUGUUAUUGUAACCGCACCCUCCAGCCAAUUCACACCUUUAAUUCAAUUCACACCAUUUAAU